UCCAGUGUCAUUUUAGUUGAAACCGACUUAUAUUUGCAUUCCGAUUUUAUUCAGUUAAUUCAAAAUUUUUGUUUUUUUCUCUUCAUUUCUUUCCUUUUUUUUAUUUUAAUUACUAUUCCAAUCAAAUUUAUGUGUGAUUAACCAGCCAUCCAAUCAAAAAUGCCUAAACCAAUAAGUGUACGCGUUACCACUAUGGACGCUGAAUUGGAAUUCACCAUUCAGCCCAAUACAACUGGUAAACAACUUUAUGACCAAGUUGUCAAAACAAUCGGUUUACGUGAAGUUUGGUUCUUUGCCUUACAAUAUGUUGAUAGUAAAGGUUAAGGUUACACAACAUGGUUGAAGUUGAACAAAAAAGUAUUGAGUCAAGAUGUAAAGAAAGAAAGUCCUUUGCAGUUUAAAUUCCGUGCCAAAUUUUUUCCCGAGGAAGUAUCAGAGGAGAUCAUUCAAGAUAUCACCCUGAAACUUUUCUACCUGCAAGUAAAAAAUGCAAUACUUUGUGAUGAAAUUUACUGUCCACCUGAAACCUCUGUUCUUCUUGCCUCAUAUGCUGUGCAAGCCAAAUUCGGUGACUAUAAUCCAGAUAAUAUGCCACCCGUUUCGUUAUCAAAUGAACGACUUUUGCCUCAACGUGUAAUGGAUCAACACAAGUUAACCAGGGAACAAUGGGAAGAAAGAAUAACCAGUUGGUGGGCAGAACAUAAAGGAAUGCCAAGAGAAGAUGCUAUGAUGGAAUACUUGAAGAUAGCUCAAGAUCUGGAAAUGUACGGAGUCAAUUAUUUUGAAAUAAAAAACAAAAAAGGAACAGACCUGUGGCUGGGCGUUGAUGCACUCGGUUUAAAUAUUUAUGAGAAAGAAGAUAAACUAACUCCUAAAAUUGGUUUUCCCUGGUGUGAAAUACGAAACAUAUCUUUCAAUGACAAACGAUUCACCAUCAAACCCAUAGAUAAAAAGGCGCCUGACUUUGUAUUCAUUGCUCCUCGUUUGCGUAUAAAUAAGCGAAUCCUUGCCCUUUGUAUGGGUAAUCACGAGCUCUAUAUGAGAAGACGAAAGCCUGAUUCAAUUGAAAUUCAACAAAUGAAAGCUCAAGCUAAAGAAGAGAAAGCAACUAGGCAACAAGAAAGAGAAAAGUUGAAGAAAGAAAUUGAACUUCGAGAAGCUGCCGAAAAGAAGCAACAAGAGUAUGCCGAAAGAUUACAAAGGAUGCAAGAAGAAAUGGAAAAGAGACAGAAAGAACUAAUGGAGGCUCAAGAGACUAUUAAAAAAUUGGAAGAACAAUUGAAAUUGAUGCAAAGUGCUAAAGAAGAACUUGAAAAGAAACAAAAUGAACUGGAAGAAAUGAUGAAACAAUUAGAACAAUCCAAAGAAAUGGAACAUGAAGAGAGAACUAGGUUAGAAGAUGCAAUCAGAACUAAACAAGAAGAAGUCCAAAGAAUGCAAACUGAAGUUCAACAAAAAGAUGCUGAAACUAGAAGAUUACAAGAGGAAGUUGAAGCUGCCCGGCGCGUUCAAGAAGAGGCCACUGCUGCCAUUAUCGCUGCAUCAACCACACCUCAACACCUUAACCUCAGAGAGGAUGAUAAUGAAGAAAAUGAUGAGCUUCCUAACGGUGAAAUCGGUGCUGAUCUUGAAAUUCAAAUGGGUGGAGACGAUGUUCAUCCUGAAGAGGAAAGAGAGACAGCAGUCUCGAAGAAAAAAGAUUUACAAGAGCAAUUGAAGAUGCUAAGCAAAGAUCUGGCUGCAGCUAAAGAUGACACGAAAGUUAGUAAAAAUGAUAUCCUUCACCAAGAGAACGUAAGGCAAGGUCGCGACAAAUACAAAACUCUUAGAGAAAUUCGCAAAGGCAAUACCAAAAGACGAGUUGACCAAUUUGAGAAUAUGUAAAUGCAUUGGAGGUAUUUUUUUAAUUUUAAUGAGAAGAUUGUAUUAUCAUGCACGCAAAAAUAUUUCUCUAUCUCUCUCUCUCUAUUUUUCCCUCUCUGCUUAGUAUCUCACUUUCUUCUUCUCAAUUCUUUUUUGUCUUUUAUAUCUCCUGAGCAAUAUUUUUUAUUUUUAAUUUUACCUACUUUCAUCAAUGAUGAAAUGUCACCUGAUAGAAUCUUAAAGAUUAUGUAAAAAUGAUAUUGGUGAUGAUGCCUUUACUGAUCAAUUGUUUAAACUGGAAAAGGACGAAAUCAAUUUAUUUACACUUUCUCAAUCACAUUUGCUCAUCGGCAAUACUGUGAAUCUUUCCCUUCCCUUUCUAUCUUCUUUCAAGCACUUUCACUCCCUCCCCACCACAAAAUCAAAUUAUCUAGAAGGUGAUUUUUCAGUGCCUAAUCAAAAAAAAGGAAAAUAAAAGAAAAUGUUUUUGAGAGUUGA